AUGGGGGUACGAAAGGAGGCCUCCCUGACAGUCCCCAGUGUCCAGCUCCCAGCAGAGGUGACCCAGGGACUGAGGGCCUACGACGACUUGUCUGUGCCCGAGGAUGCGGAGACGGCCACUGUGGGCCGGGCUGGCUGGAACUAUUCAGACCUUUCUGAUGAUGAAGACUUGCUGGCCGACAGCGCCUCAGGAGAUGAUCUCGGCAGUGGGGACGUGGGCAGCGGGGACUUCCAGCUGGUUUAUUUCCGGGCCCUGGUUAAUUUCACACGCUCCAUCGACUACAGCCCCAAGCUGGAGGAUGCAGGCUCCGUGGAGUUCCGAGAGGUGUCUGAAGCUGUGGUAGACACGCUGGAGUCGGAGUACUUGAAGAUCCCUGGAGACCAGGUUGUCAGUGUGGUGUUCAUCAAAGAGCUGGAUGGCUGGGUCUUUGUGGAGCUGGAUGUGGGCUCGGAAGGGAACGCCGAUGGGGCUCAGAUUCAGGACGUGCUGCACUCGGUCAUCUCCAGCAGCUCCAUUGCCUCCUACAUCACCUCUCCCCAGGGCUUCCAGUUCCGACGCCUGGGCACAGUGCCUCCCCAGGUGUCAAGGGCAUGCACCGAGGCCGAGUUUGCCUGCCACAGCCACAACGAGUGUGUGGCCCUGGAGUACCGCUGUGACCGGCGACCUGACUGCAGGGACAUGUCUGAUGAGCUCAAUUGUGAGGAGCCAGUUUCAAGCACCAAGGCACCCGCUGUGGUGGAGACAUCACCUCUAGAACGCGAACCAGGGGACCCAAUCAUGCGGCAGCCACCAGAAACCCCUGCUCCCAGGCCUCUGAUUCCUGAGCACAGCAGACCCUGUGGGUCCCACGAAUUCACCUGUCCCAAUGGGCAGUGCAUCCUCAAAGACUACCUCUGUGACGGCCAGGAGGACUGCAUGGACGGCAGCGAUGAGCUGAAUUGUGGUCCCUCGCCGCUCUGUGAGCCCAAUGAGUUCCUUUGUGCAAACGGGCACUGUGCCUUCAAGCUGUGGCGCUGUGACGGAGACUAUGACUGCGAAGACCACAGCGACGAGGUCAACUGUACCGCCAAGCGCCCUGAGGACGUGUGCGGGCCCACACAGUUCCGCUGUGUCUCCAACGAUAUGUGCAUCCCGUCCAGCUUCCACUGUGAUGAAGAGAGCGACUGUCCCGACCGCAGCGAUGAAUUUGGCUGCAUGCCUCCUCAGGUGGUGACCCCUCCCCAGGAGUCCAUCCAGGCUUUCCGGGGCCAGACAGUGACCUUCACUUGCGUGGCCAUUGGUGUGCCUACCCCCAUCAUCAACUGGAGACUCAACUGGGGUCAUAUCCCUUCACAUCCUAGGGUGACAAUGACCAGUGAAGGUGGCCGAGGCACACUGACCAUCCAUGAUGUGAAGGAGGGAGACCAAGGUGCCUACACCUGCGAGGCCAUUAACUCCCGUGGCAUGGUGCUUGGCAUUCCUGACGGGGUCCUGGAGCUCAUCCCGCAACGAGGUGUGGGCUCGGGGGCAGGUCCCUGCCCUGAUGGCCACUUCUACCUGGAGGACAGCGCUUCCUGCCUGCCUUGCUUCUGCUUUGGCAUCACCAACAUGUGCCAGAGCAGCCGCCGUUUCCGAGAUCAUAUCCAACUGCGCUUUGACCGGCCUGAUGACUUCAAGGGCGUGAACGUGACCAUGCCCUCGCAGCCCGGCAUGCCGCCCCUGUCCUCCACCCAGCUGCAGAUUGACGUUGCUCAGCAAGAGUUCCAGCUGGUCGACCUGUCCCGCCGCUUCCUCGUCCAUGACUCCUUCUGGGCUCUGCCAGAGCAGUUCCUAGGCAACAAGGUGGACUCCUAUGGAGGCUCCCUGCGCUACAAGGUGCGCUAUGAGCUGGCCCGUGGCACGCUGGAGCCGGUGCAGCGGCCGGACGUGGUCCUCGUGGGUGCUGGAUAUCGCCUGCUGUCCCGGGGCCACACACCCACCCAGCCUGGUACUCUGAAUCAGCGCCAGGUCCACUUCUCAGAAGAGCACUGGGUCCACGAGUCUGGCCAGAUGGUGCAGCGAGCAGAGCUGCUACAGGUGUUGCAGAGCCUAGAAGCUGUGCUCAUCCAAACAGUGUACAACGCCAGGAUGGCCAGUGUGGGGCUGAGUGACGUUGUGAUGGAUACCACUGUCAGCCACACCACCAGUCAUGGCCGCACCUACCGUGUGGAGGAGUGCAGAUGUCCCAUUGGCUAUUCCGGUUUAUCCUGUGAGAGCUGUGAUGCCCACUUCACUCGGGUGCCUGGUGGACCUUACCUAGGCACCUGCUCUGGCUGCAACUGCAAUGGCCAUGCCAGCUCCUGUGACCCUGUGUAUGGGCAUUGCCUGAAUUGUCAGCACAACACCGAGGGGCCACAGUGCAACAAAUGCAAGGCUGGUUUCUUUGGGGAUGCCACAAAGGCCACAUCCACUGCGUGCCGGCCCUGUCCUUGUCCAUACAUCGACGCCUCCCGAAGGUUCUCAGACACCUGCUUCCUGGACACAGAUGGCCAACCCACAUGUGAUGCAUGUGCCCCAGGCUACACUGGCCGCCGCUGUGAGAGCUGUGCCCCCGGAUACGAAGGCAACCCCAUCCAACCAGGCGGGAAAUGCAUACGCUCCAACCAGGAAUAUGCACGCUGUGAUGAGCGAGGCAGCAUGGGAACCUCUGGAGAAACCUGCCGCUGUAAGAACAACGUGGUGGGACGACUGUGCAAUGAGUGUGCCAAUGGCUCCUUCAACCUGAAUGCUCGCAACCCCGACGGCUGUCUCAAGUGCUUCUGUAUGGGCGUCAGCCGCCAGUGCACCAGCUCCUCCUGGAACCGUGCCCAGGUGCUUGGGGCCUCUGAGGAGCCCGCCCAGUUCAGCUUGAUCAACACUGCAGGCACGCACACCACCAGCGAGGGCAUCUCCUCACCCACAGCUGGAGAGCUGGUCUUCUCCUCUUUCCACAGCCUCCUAUCCGGACCCUACUUCUGGAAUCUCCCCGCACGCUUCCGGGGGGACAAGGUGACCUCCUACGGGGGAGAGCUUCGCUUCACAGUGACACAGCGGCCCGAGCCUGGCUCCAUGCCACUGCACGGGCAGCCCCUGGUGGUGCUGCAGGGCAACAACAUCGUCCUGGAGCACCACGUGUCUCAGGAGCUUCGCCCUGGUCAACCCAGCACCUUCACUGUGCCCUUCCGGGAGCAAGCAUGGCAGCGGCCUGACGGGCAGCCGGCCACCAGGGAGCACUUGCUGAUGGCACUCGCAGGCAUCGACACUCUCCUGAUCCAGGCAUCCUACACCAGUCGACCAGCUGAGAGCAGAGUCUCUGGCAUCAGCAUGGACGUAGCUGUGCCCGAGGACACUGGUCAGAACCCUGCAGUGGAAGUGGAGCAAUGUUACUGCCCGCCGGGGUACCGUGGCCCAUCCUGCCAGGACUGUGACACAGGCUACACACGCAUGCCCAGUGGCCUCUACCUGGGCACCUGUGAACGCUGCGGCUGCCAUGGCCACUCAGAGCUCUGUGAACCAGAAACAGGUGCCUGCCAAGGCUGUCAGCACCACACGGAGGGCCCUCGGUGUGAGCAGUGUCAGCCAGGAUACUAUGGGGAUGCCCAGCAGGGGACACCCCAAGACUGCCAGCCGUGUUCAUGCCACGGAGCCCCUGCAGCUGGCCAGGCUACACACACUUGCUUUCUGGACACAGACGGUCACCCCACCUGUGAUUCGUGCUCCUUGGGCCAUAGUGGGCGCCACUGUGAGAGGUGUGCCCCAGGUUACUAUGGCAACCCCAGCCAGGGCCAGCCAUGCCGAAGAGAUGGCCAGAUGCAAGUGCCGACAGGCUGUGGCUGUGACCCCCAGGGCAGCAUCAGCAGCCAGUGUGAUGCUGCCGGCCAAUGCCAGUGCAAGGCCCAGGUAGAAGGUCUCACCUGCAACCAGUGUCGGCCCCACCACUUCCACCUGAGCGCCAGCAACCCCGACGGCUGCCUGCCCUGCUUCUGCAUGGGUGUCACGCAGCAGUGCGCCAGCUCCUCCUACACCCGCCAUCUGAUCUCCACGCGAUUUGCCCCUGGGGACUUUCAAGGCUUCGCCCUGGUGAACCCACAGCGGAACAGCCGUCUGACGGGCGGCUUCACCGUGGAGCCUGUGCCUGACGGCGCCCAGCUCUCUUUCGGCAACUUCGCCCAGCUCGGCCAUGAGUCCUUCUAUUGGCAGCUGCCGGAGACAUUCCAGGGAGACAAGGUGGCAGCAUAUGGUGGCAAGCUUCGCUACACCCUCUCCUACACGGCUGGGGCUCAGGGCACCUCAUUAUCCGACCCUGAUGUCCAGAUUACGGGCAACAACAUCAUGCUGGUGGCCUCCCAGCCUUCACUGCAAGGCUCCCAGAGGAAGAGCUAUGAGAUUGUGUUCCGAGAGGAAUUCUGGCGCCGGCCUGACGGGCAACCAGCCACACGUGAGCACCUUCUGAUGGCACUGGCUGACCUGGACGAGCUCCUGCUUCGGGCCACUUUCUCCUCAGUGCCGUUGGCCGCUAGCAUCAGUGCAGUCAGCUUGGAGGUCGCCCAGCCUGGACCCUCCAGCGGACCCCGAGCCCUGGAGGUGGAGGAGUGCCGCUGUCCCCCGGGCUAUGUUGGCUCCUCCUGCCAGGACUGCGCCCCAGGCUACACACGCACCGGAAGCGGACUUUACCUCGGUCACUGUGAGCUGUGUGAAUGCAAUGGCCACUCGGACCUGUGUCACCCAGAGACUGGAGCUUGCUCGCAAUGCCAGCACAACGCUGCUGGAGAAUUCUGUGAGCAGUGUGCACCUGGCUACUAUGGAGAUGCCACAGCCGGGACCCCUGAGGACUGCCAGCCCUGUGCCUGCCCACUGACCAACCCAGAAAACAUGUUCUCCCGCACCUGUGAGAGUCUAGGAGCUGGUGGGUACCGCUGCACAGCCUGCGAACCAGGCUACACUGGCCAGUACUGUGAACAGUGUGCCCCAGGUUAUGUAGGUAACCCCAAUGUGCGGGGGAGCCGAUGCGUACCACAGGCCGAUCAAACCCCACUGGUGGUUCAGGUCCAUCCUGCUCGGAGCAUAGUGCCCCAAGGUGCACCCCAUUCCCUACGAUGCCAGGUCAGUGGGAACCCACCUCACUACUUCUACUGGUCUCGUGAGGAUGGGCGGCCUGUACCCAGCAGCACCCAGCAGCGACACCAAGGCUCCGAGCUCCACUUCCCCAGUGUCCAGCCCUCAGAUGCUGGUGUCUACAUUUGCACUUGCCGGAAUCUCCAUCAUGCCAAUACCAGCCGGGCAGAGCUGCUGGUCACUGAGGCACCAAGCAAGCCCAUAACCGUGACCGUGGAGGAGCAGAGGAGCCAGAGCGUGCGUCCCGGAGCCGAUGUCACCUUUAUCUGCACGGCCAAGAGCAAGUCUCCAGCUUACACCUUGGUGUGGACCCGCCUGCAUAAUGGGAAGCUGCCAUCCCGAGCCAUGGAUUUCAAUGGCAUCCUGACCAUCCGCAACGUGCAGCCAAGUGAUGCAGGGACCUACGUGUGCACGGGCUCCAAUAUGUUUGCCAUGGACCAAGGCACAGCCACAUUGCAUGUACAAGCCUCAGGUGCCCCAUCUGCCCCUGUGGUCUCCAUCCACCCACCACAAGUCACGGUGCAGCCUGGACAGCUGGCUGAAUUCCGCUGCAGUGCCACCGGGAACCCCACACCCACCCUCGAGUGGACAGGGGGCCCUGGUGGCCAGCUCCCUCAGAAGGCACAGAUCCAUGGUGGCAUCCUGCGCCUCCCAGCUGUGGAACCCUCGGACCAGGGCCAGUACCUGUGCCGCGCCCACAGCAGCGCCGGGCAGCAUGUGGCCAGGGCCAUGCUGCAUGUGCAUGGAGGCAAUGGGCCCAGGGUCCAAGUGAGCCCGGAGAGGACUCAGGUACACGAAGGCCGCACCGUCAGGCUGUACUGCAGGGCUGCAGGGGUACCCAGUGCCACCAUCACCUGGAGGAAGGAAGGGGGCAGUCUCCCCCCACAGGCCCGAUCAGAGCGCACAGACAUCGCCACACUGCUCAUCCCCGCCAUCACCACUGCAGACGCUGGCUUCUACCUCUGUGUGGCCACCAGCCCUGCAGGCACCGCUCAGGCCCGCAUCCAAGUGGUCGUCCUUCCAGCCUCAGGUUCCAGCACACCGCCAGUCAAGAUUGAGUCCUCGUCCCCUUCUGUGACUGAAGGACAGAUGCUGGACCUCAACUGUGUGGUGGCAGGGCAGGCCCAUGCCCAGGUGACAUGGUACAAGCGAGGGGGCAGCCUCCCUCCUCACGCCCAGGUCCAUGGCUCCCGGCUGCGGCUCCCCCAGGUUUCACCAGCUGAUUCUGGAGAAUAUGUAUGCCGAGUGGAGAGCGAAUCCGGUCCUAAGGAGGCCUCCAUCAUUGUCUCUGUCCUCCAUGGUGCCUAUCCAGGUCCCAGUUAUACCCCAGCUCCUGGAGGUUCCCAGCCCAUCCGCAUUGAGUCCUCCUCAUCUCACGUGGCUGAAGGGCAGACCCUGGAUCUGAACUGCGUGGUUCCUGGCCAAGCCCAUGCCCAGGUCACUUGGCACAAGCGUGGGGGCAGCCUCCCCGCCCGACACCAGACCCACGGCUCGCUGCUGAGGCUACACCAGGUGUCCCCCGCUGAUUCGGGCGAGUACAUGUGUCGAGUGGUCCUUGCCUCUGGGCCUGUGGAGACCUCUGUCCUGGUCGCCAUUGAACCCAUUGGUUCCAGCUCUGGUACCAUCCCUGGCCCAGUCCCACCUGUCAGGAUUGAGUCCUCAUCCUCCACAGUGAUCGAGGGGCAGACCUUGGAUCUGAGCUGUGUGGUGGCAGGGCAGGCCCAUGCCCCUGUCACAUGGUUCAAGCGUGGAGGCAGCCUCCCUGCCCGACACCAGGUCCGCGGCUCCCGCCUCUACAUAUUCCAGGCCUCCCCAGCUGAUGCGGGCGAGUAUGUGUGCCGGGCCAACAAUGGUGUAGAAGCCUCCAUCACGGUUACUGUAAGGUCAUCCCAGGACACCUACUACCCCUACCCCUCAGGAGACUCCCAGCCCAUCCGCAUCGAGUCCUCUUCUUCACAAGUGGCCGAGGGACAGACCCUGGAUCUGAACUGCGUGGUGCCUGGGCAGGCUCAUGCCCAGGUCACAUGGCACAAGCGUGGGGGUAGCCUGCCCAUCCAGCACCGGAUGCAUGGCUCAAUGCUGAGGCUGUACCAGGUGUCCCCUGCUGACUCGGGCGAGUACGUGUGCCGUGUAGUGGGAGGCUCCGUACCCCUGGAAACCUCAGUCCUGGUCACCAUUGAGCGUGCAGGCUCUAUCCCUGGGGUCAGCGUCACCCCCCCAGUGCGGAUUGAGUCAUCUUCCUCACAUGUGGCCGAAGGGCAGACCCUGGACCUGAACUGCCUCGUUGCUGGGCAGGCCCAUGCCCAGAUCACGUGGCUCAAGCGGGGGAGCAGCCUCCCUGCUCGGCACCAGGUACUCGGCUCGAGGCUUCGGCUGUCCCAGGUGACCCCUGCCGACUCUGGGGAGUACGUGUGCCGUGUGACCAGCAGCUCAGGCACCCAGGAGGCCUCAGUCCUUGUGACCAUCCAGCAGCGCCCAAGUCCCCCGCACUUCCAGGGCGUUGUAUACCCUGUCCGCAUUGAGUCCUCCUCAACCUCCAUGGCCAAUGGACAUACGCUGGACCUCAACUGCUUGGUGACCAGCCAGACCCCCCACACUAUCACCUGGUAUAAGCGUGGGGGCAGCUUGCCUAGUCGGCACCAGAUUGUGGGCUCCCGGCUACGGAUCCCCCAGGUGACGCCUGCAGACUCAGGUGAGUACGUGUGCCACGUCAGCAAUGGUGCCGGCUCCCAGGAGACCUCACUCAUAGUCACCAUCCAGGGCAGCGGCUCCUCCCAUGUGCCCGUUGUCUCCCCACCAAUCAAGAUUGAGUCCUCAUCCCCCACAGUGGUAGAAGGACAGACCUUGGAUCUAAACUGUGUGGUUGCCGGGCAGCCACAGGCCACCAUCACAUGGUACAGGAGAGGAGGCAACCUUCCUGCCCGAUACCAGGCCCAUGGCUCCCGCCUGCGUCUGCACCAGCUGUCCGUAGCUGACUCGGGCGAGUACGUGUGCCGAGCCAACAACAACAUUGACGCCCUGGAGGCCUCCAUUGUGAUCUCUGUCUCUCCCAGCACCAGCAAUCCCUCUGGCCCUGGUGGUAACCAACCCAUCAGAAUUGAGUCGUCAUCUUCACAAGUGGCGGAGGGGCAGACGCUAGACCUCAACUGUGUGGUCCCUGGACAGGCCCAUGCUCAGGUCACAUGGCACAAGCGUGGAGGUAGCCUCCCCGUUAAGCAUCAGAUUCAUGGCUCGUGGCUGCGCCUAUACCAAGUGUCCCCAGCUGACUCUGGCGAGUACAUGUGCCGCGUGGUGGGCAGCUCUGGCCCUCUGGAGGCUUCAGUCCUGGUCACCAUUGAGGCUUCCAACUCCGGUGCUGGUGGUGUUCCUGCCCCUGGAGGAGCUCUGCCCAUCCGGAUUGAAACCUCAUCUUCUCGAGUGGCUGAAGGCCAGACACUGGAUCUGAACUGCGUGGUCCCUGGCCAGCCCCAUGCCCAGGUCACGUGGCACAAGCGCGGGGGCAGCCUGCCCACCCGGCACCAGGUCCAUGGAACCUUAUUGAGGCUCAACCAAGUGUCCCCCGUGGAUUCCGGCGAGUACUCGUGCAAAGUGACUGGCAGCUCAGGCACCCUGGAGGCCUCUGUUCUGGUCACAAUUGAGGCUUCCAGCCCAGGCCCCAUUCCAGCCCCCGGACUGGCUCAGCCUAUCUACAUUGAAGCUGCCUCCUCACAUGUGGCCGAGGGUCAGGCGCUGGACCUGAACUGCGUGGUGCCCGGGCAGGCUCAUGCCCAGGUCAUGUGGCACAAGCGUGGGGGCAGCCUGCCCUCCCAGCAUCAGACCCAUGGCUCCCAGCUGCGGCUCCACCAAGUCUCUCCUGCCGAUUCUGGCGAGUACGUGUGCCAAGUGGUUGGUGGCUCGGGCCCUGAGCAUGAGGCUUCCUUCACGGUCACAGUCGUACCCAGCCCUGGAUCCUCCUACCGCCUCCGGAGUCCUGUCAUUUCCAUUGACCCACCCAGCAGCACUGUGCAGCCAGGCCAGGAUGCCAGCUUCAAGUGCCUCAUCCAUGAUGGGGCAUCCCCCAUCAGCCUGGAGUGGAAGACCCGGAACCAAGAGCUGGAGGACAAUGUCCACGUCAGUCCCAAUGGUUCCAUCAUCACCAUUGUGGGCGCCCGGCCCAGCAACCACGGUGCCUACCGCUGUGUGGCCUCCAACGCGUACGGAGUGGCUCAGAGUGUCGUGACCCUCAAUGUACACGGGCCCCCAUCUGUGUCUGUGCGCCCUGAGGGCCCUAUUAGGGUGAAAGCCGGAAAGUCUGUCACCCUGGAGUGUCUCACCUCGGGGGAACCCCGCUCCUCGGCUCGUUGGACCCGCCUUGACACCCCCAAUAAGUUGGAACAGCGGAUAUAUGGGCUCGUGGACAACCACAUGAUGCUGCAGAUUUCAUCAGCCAAGCCAUCCGAUGCAGGCACCUACGUGUGCCUAGCACAGAAUGCACUAGGCAUGGCCCAGAAGAGGGUGGAGGUGAUCGUGGACAUGGGCAUCGCAGCCCCAGGAGCCCCCCAGGUGCAGGUGGAAGAAGUCGAGCUGACUGUGGAGGCAGGACACACAGCCACGCUGCGUUGCUCAGCCACAGGAAACCCUACGCCCACUAUCCACUGGUCCAAGCUGCGCUCCCCAUUGCCUUGGCAGCACCGGCUGGAAGGCAGCACACUGAUCAUCCCCCGCGUAGCCCAGCAGGACUCGGGCCAGUACAUCUGUAAUGCCACCAACUCUGUCGGGCAUGAGGAGGCCACCAUUGCCUUGCACGUGGAGAGUCCCCCAUACGCCACCACAGUCCCAGAGCAUGCAUCAGUGCGGGCAGGGGAGACAGUACAGCUGCAAUGCCUGGCCCACGGGACACCACCCCUCACCUUCCAGUGGAGCCGUGUGGAUGGCAGCCUCCCGGCUCGGGCAACAGCCAGGAAGGAGCUGCUGCGCUUUGAGCCUGCCACUCCUGAGGACUCCGGCCGCUACCGCUGCCAGGUCACGAACCGGGUGGGCUCAGCAGAGGCCUUUGCUCAGCUCACCGUCCAAGGUGAGCACCCCACAGGGUCUCUGCCUGUCAACUAUCCUCCCGUCACCAACGCCCCAGCCGGCGCCUCGCCCACCGUACAGGUGACGCCUCAGCAAGAGACCAAGAGCAUCGGGGCCAGUGUGGAGUUCCACUGUGCAGUGCCCAGCGACCGCGGCACCCAGCUCCGAUGGUUCAAGGAAGGGGGUCAGCUGCCUCCAGGCCACAGCGUGCAGGAUGGGGUGCUGCGAAUCCAGAACUUGGACCAGAGCUGCCAAGGGAUAUACAUAUGUCAGGCCCAUGGACCGUGGGGACAGGCCCAAGCCAGUGCCCAGCUGGUUGUCCAAGCCCUGCCCUCCGUGCUCAUCAACAUCCGGACCUCUGUGCAGACCGUGGUGGUCGGCCAUGCUGUGGAAUUCGAGUGCCUGGCGCUCGGUGACCCUAAGCCCCAGGUGACCUGGAGCAAAGUUGGUGGGCGCCUGCGGCCUGGCAUUGUGCAGAGUGGAGGCAUCGUCAGGAUUGCCCACGUGGAGCUGGCAGAUGCAGGACAGUACCGCUGCACCGCCACCAAUGCUGCUGGCACCACCCAGUCCCACGUGCUGCUGCUCGUACAAGCCUUGCCCCAGAUCUCCACGCCCACAGAGGUCCGUGUGCCUGCUGGAUCCGCAGCCGUCUUCCCGUGUAUGGCCUCUGGCUACCCCACUCCUGACAUCACCUGGUCCAAGCUGGAUGGCAGCCUGCCACCCGACAGCCGGCUGGAGAACAACAUGCUGAUGCUGCCCUCGGUCCGACCCCAGGAUGCAGGCACCUACGUCUGCACUGCCACCAACCGCCAGGGCAAGGUCAAAGCCUUUGCCCACCUGCAGGUGCCAGAGCGGGUGGUGCCCUACUUCACACAGACCCCUCACUCCUUCCUGCCGCUGCCAACCAUCAAGGACGCCUACAGGAAGUUUGAGAUCAAGAUCACCUUCCGGCCUGACUCAGCCGACGGGAUGCUGCUGUACAACGGGCAGAAGCGGACCUCAGGGGGCCCCACCAACUUGGCCCACCGGCAGCCUGACUUCAUCUCCUUUGGCCUCGUGGGCGGAAGGCCCGAGUUCCGGUUUGAUGCAGGCUCUGGCAUGGCCACCAUCCGCCACCCCACGCCACUACCGCUGGGCCAGUUCCACACCGUCACCUUGCUACGCAGCCUCACCCAGGGCUCCCUGGUUGUGGGUAACCUCGCUCCGGUUAAUGGGACCUCCCAGGGCAAGUUCCAGGGCCUGGACCUGAAUGAGGAGCUCUACCUGGGUGGCUAUCCUGACUAUGGCGCCAUCCACAAGGCUGGGCUGAGCAGUGGCUUCGUGGGCUGUGUCCGGGAACUGCGCAUCCAGGGCGAAGAGAUCAUCUUCCACGACCUCAACCUCACGGCACACGGCAUCUCCCACUGCCCCACCUGCCAGGACCGGCCCUGCCAGAAUGGAGGCCGGUGCCAGGACUCGGAGAGCAGCAGCUAUGUGUGCCUCUGCCCGGCGGGCUUCACCGGGAGCCGCUGUGAGCACUCGCAGGCCCUGCACUGCCACCCAGAGGCCUGUGGGCCUGACGCCACCUGUGUGAACCGGCCGGAUGGUCGAGGUUACACCUGCCGCUGCCACCUGGGCCGCUCAGGGACGAAGUGUGAGGAAGGUGUGACAGUAACCACCCCCUCCAUGUUGGGCACCGACUCCUACCUGGCAUUGCCUGCUCUCACCAACACACACCAUGAGCUGCGUCUGGAUGUUGAGUUCAAACCGCUGACACCAGACGGAAUCUUGCUGUUCAGCGGAGGGAAGAGUGGGCCUGUGGAGGACUUUGUAUCCCUGGCGAUGGUCGGUGGGCAUCUGGAGUUCCGCUACGAGUUGGGCUCAGGCCUGGCUGUUCUGCGCAGUGCUGAGCCCCUGGCCCUGGGCCGCUGGCACCGCGUGUCUGCAGAGCGUCUCAACAAAGACGGCAGCCUGCGGGUGAAUGGUGGACGCCCUGUGUUACGUUCCUCGCCGGGCAAGAGCCAGGGUCUCAACCUGCAUACCCUCCUCUACCUGGGUGGUGUGGAGCCGUCCGUGCCGCUGCCCCCUGCCAUCAACAUCAGCACUCAUUUCCGUGGCUGUGUGGGCGAGGUGUCAGUGAAUGGAAAGCGGCUAGACCUCACCUACAGCUUCCUGGGCAGCCGGGGUAUCGGGCAGUGCUACGACAGCUCCCCAUGUGAGGGCCAGCCAUGCCAGAAUGGUGCCACAUGCAUGCCCACUGGCGAGUAUGAAUUCCAGUGCCUGUGUCAGGAUGGCUUCAAAGGAGACCUCUGUGAGCAUGAGGAGAACCCCUGCCAGCUCCAUGAGCCCUGUCUGCAUGGGGGCACCUGCCAGGGCACCCACUGCCUCUGCGCCCCUGGCUUUUCUGGGCCACGCUGUCAACAAGGUCCAGGACAUAGCCCAGCAGAAUCUGACUGGCAUCUUGAAGGCAGUGGGGGCAAUGAUGCCCCUGGGCAGUAUGGCGCCUACUUCCAUGAUGGUGGCUACCUUGCCCUCCCUGGCCGCAUCUUCUCUAGAGGCCUGCCUGAGGCACCUGAGACCAUCGAGCUGGAAGUGCGGACCAGCACUGCCAAUGGCCUCCUGCUUUGGCAGGGUGUGAUGGGUGGGAAGGCCGGCCAAGGCAAGGACUUCAUCAGUCUCGGGCUGCAGGAUGGACAGCUUGUCUUUAGCUACCAGCUGGGCAGUGGGGAGGCCCGCCUGGUCUCUGAGGACCCCAUCAAUGAUGGCGAGUGGCAUCGUGUAACAGCACUGAGAGAGGGCCAGAACGGCUCCAUCCAGGUCGACGGCGAGGAGCUGGUUAGGGGCCAGUCCCCAGGCCCUAACAUAGCAGUCAAUACCAAGAGCACGAUCUACAUAGGCGGAGCCCCGGAUGUGGCCGCUUUGACUGGCAACAGGUUCUCUGCAGGCAUCACAGGCUGCAUCAAGAAUCUGGUGCUGCACUCGGCCUGGCCCGGUGCCCCACCCCCACAGCCCCUGGACCUGCAGCACCGCGCCCAGGCGGGGACCAACACACGUCCUUGCCCCUCAUAG